AAAAAUCCAGAACAAUCGAUUCAUCAACGGUUCGAUUCGGCCGUGUUCUUCUCGCGGAUGGCCGCAUCAUGAGGCAUGAUCGUGCACGAAACCAUCUCAACAUCCAUCCCAGCGAUAUCGGCCGAUUUGUCCCUCCGUUCCCGUCGAUGACUAACGUCGGUAAUCGUAAGGCGAACCUCGCGCACGGAACGUGCGAGCGCGCCAAUACGCAUCGACGCACGCAGCGCGAAGGUUGUGAUCUGUGUCAUUGGCGCUGAAAAAGCCAAGAACAUCUCGGGGACAUCCUACGAUUUCGCGGUUCGUACGUCGAAUAAUUUCAAGCCAAUCGACCCUCCCGACGUCCCUAACGCCCCGUGAAUGUCGUGCCCGUUGUCACACGGAAUCGAGUCUUGAUGCGCACCGAGUCGUUGGCCGAAAUGGAGAACAGGUUGUCGGACGCGUCGACACCGUCUUAUCACAACAUGCCGAAGAAAUCGAAGAGGCGAUCCAGUCGCCGAAACAACACAAUGGACGCGUGGAACUCUGGCCAGCAGAACAGUCAGGAUGGCGGUCAGAUGGUGUCGGGUAUGGAGUAUCAUCCUCCGCGGAUGAUGUGGCCGUCGAACAUGCCACAGAACAUGCAGAGUAAUGGUCAACGUCUGUUCACCGCAAUGUCUGAUCCGAGUGUAUGCGGCUAUUCGCCGAUGCCAGUCACAUAUACCAUGCAGCCAGUUUCACUGCCACCCAUGUACAGCCUGUACCAACCUGUACCGGUGACGAAUGUUAGAGCCGUCCAUCAUAAUACAUCUAGGCCUGUCCGUAGCGAGCGUUUACCAAACGCUUGCUUCAAGGCUGGCAAUAACGCUGCCAAUGGCUACGGCAACGCACAGGAAAAUGGUUUAGAGUCCGCUGUACAUAUUGCUCAUCAGAACGGAGAUUACGCUAGUCUACCACCCACUGCCGACAGUGGUAUCAAUGGAGAUGAACUGAAUUCAGAACACAGAAGAUAUUCCGAUCCCGGGCUCGGUCCUGCCAAGGUUUCCUCUCAUCUGGACAGCGAUGAUUCUGUCGAGAGCGAAAGUUCGGUGAUCACAAUUGGACGCACCAAUAAACUGGCGUUGUCGCUCAUGGAACAGAUAACAGAUCUGAAGAAGUAUAACAGCCAACUGUUUAAAGAACUCAGUGUAACCAAAUCAUAUUUUGAGAGUAUGAAAGCUGAAUUGGUACAAUACAAACACUGUGCCUCUUCAGACUAUCAACCUGGGAUGUUAUCAGAAUUUAUACGUGAAAUCAGAGAGGCCAACAAAAAAUAUGAAGAAGGGUUAGUUACGAAGGUGACGUCCAUGUUGGAGGAGAGGUAUAGUCAGCAGACUACAGAAAUAGAGGAGUUAAAGUACCAAUUGUCGAAAGUAACCAUCGAGUACGAAGAAAGCAAAAAGCGCAUCGCCGCAUUGGAGGAAGAGCUGACGGAGUUGAAGCUGAGCGUGACCAACGGAGGUCGCGAGAUCGCAGCAUUCGAGGAGGAGACCCUGGCGCUGCGACGGGAGCUCCAGGAGGCGCGCGCUUCCAGGACCCUGGCCGAGAACCACGCGGCAAAGUGCGUAAACUUGGCGGUAUCCAGAUCUAUCACGCCUGUAAAUUACGAAUCGGCCGAUACAACCAGCACCCCCGUGCGUACCGCUCUUAACGACACUCGCUGCCUAUCCCCCGUACCCGACACCACGAUCACGAACGCUACUUCCUCGUCCACCUCCAAAUCCGUUGCCGCUUCCGCUUUUCGUCCCUAUCCCGCGGAGGUGGCGGCUCCUCUCGUCAUCGAGACCGCGCAGACACGAAUUCGAAACAGACUCGACUCCGGAGUCGUCGUGUCCAGCGACAGUUCGCCGGAGCCGCGGUUGAAGGUAGACAACAUCGGUCAUCAGCCCUCGAAUGCGACCUCGGCAUCCUGCCAGCCGACUAAAGCGAGCGACGACACCGAGAACGACGAGAACUCUCGGUGCAAAAGCGAAAAUCACAAACCGAGACGCCCAGACCCCAUCACGAAUAUAACGUACUCGGCACGACUGGUGGACUUGCUUUGCUACGGUCUGCUCGACACAAAGCAGAUCUACGAGAUGUAUUGCGAGAGGAACCCACUGGUCGGCGAGGAGAAGAAAACCGAUACCGUACAGACGGAGGACGAUCUGUUCGCGGAGAUCACCGCGGAAGCGGAGGCAGAAUCAUCGGCUGCGUCGAACAGAAACGGGGCCGAGGUGGAGAUCGCGCCAUCGGACAGUUUUAAGAAGCAGAAUUCGUCGAAAGACUCAUCGAGCAACGCGACGAGCAAGGCGGAAGGAUCGAGUUCGACGGAGGACGCGAGUACGUUCGACGAUUUCUCCGCGACGCUGUUCGGCUUGAAGAAACGGCGGAAGAAGGGCCACUCCAAGAAGUCGUCCAGCGGGACCGACAUGCCCGGCAAGUUCUGCCAGCAAGACGCCGUGUUGGACGACGAGAUUACAAACUCGUGUUCGAAUGCGAGGCAUAGCCGCGACACGAUGAACGGGGACGAGAAUCGUUUCGACGAGAACCGCGCGAGCCGAGCCAUCGCCGAGGUGCCGGACGUCGCCGUGGUCGACGGCGGCUCGUUCGUGCCGAAAGAUCUCUGCUCGACGAGAAUCCUGACCUCCAGAGUCCUGACAGCACCUUCACGCGCCACCUACACCACCGCCUAUAUCUAGGUUACGUACGCGCGGGGUCCCGAGCCAAAAAAAAAUAAACCAUAAUAAUAAAAAAGCGGAAUUUGCUAAAACACAGCAAAAGAGCGAAGCGGGGAAGCGAAAAAAAAAGCGAUAUACCACUCGUCGCCAAUAUCCGCAAAAAGGGGGGCUUCAAAGGGCUUAACUAGAGGCUACUACUACUACUACUACUACUCCUCUGUGUACAUGUCGAAUAGCACGUAGGUCUCUCUCUCAUUGUUCACUCGUCAUGCAUGCUCUUUUCAGGUCGGUCUACAUCCUAUCGUGAUGUCUACCAUAAAUUAUUGUAACCGUUGCAAUGCUUCUCGAUUUUGCCAUCGCAAAAUCAUCGUAAAAGUUAACUUCAAGUCAUACGAUUUACAACGCUGCCUGGCAUUGGGAGCCAUUCAGACGUUUCCAACGAUGCUUUUGACGAUGCAAUUACCUUUUAUAGACAUGUGAUGUUUGCAACGACGUUCUUACAACUAUGACUGAUAUUACGUUGGAUGUGGAGGGACUUUCACGUACGUGCCCGUCGUAUCCCCUACGUCCCAUGCUUCGAGCUGCGCCCAAGCUUUACGUUUGCGAUACAAUUGCGUUAUCUCCCGGUGCCGAAGAUCAUGUCUACGAUGACACGUGCGCCGGACGGCGUGAGUUGUCCCAUUUGUUUUCCGAAACUGAGAGAUUUCAUUCUCGACUCGUAUCGCGCUUCGAUCGAAUUGAUUUCCUUUCGCAAUGCUUUUCCAUGGCUCGAUAAUGAUGUGUAAUUUUGAGUACGUAUGUUAAAGUGAGACACAGUGGUGCGUGAACGUAGAUACCGGGAGAACGUAAUUCAUUCGUGCUGUAUCUCUCGUAGUUUUCGUAUUAUCGUCUCGAGGGAGGAAGAUUAACCAUUAACUAAGAUUAACUGACUAGAUAUCGUGACUGUCAUCUCUGACAAGGAUGAACUUGAUAGUUAUAUGUACUGUUUUGCAUUUUAUCAUUUUUUUUUUAUUCUCUGACAGUAAACGUUGUAUUCUUUCUUGAAUGAAGGAAUAAGAAAGAAACACUGAUCGACAUAGCAAUCGCUUCAAUUGGCUGACGCGCAAAUAUACUUGAAUCGUUAUUACCGACUACGCACAUAUUUGUACAAAUUUUCACUUAUAUCUCAGCUGUCUUUGCAUAUUAAUCUUAUAUACAAUAUAUAUUAUCAACAUUAAUGCAGACAUAAGCAGAAAUAAAAAUAAAUAACUUGACAUUUAAUAUAUACUUGUAUACAUAUAUUUAUAUAUUAAAUGUGUUACGAAGAAUAAGAAAAAAAGUCGAUACAUACAUGUAUAAAAUAUUUCCUCUGAUUUCAGUUUGUGCAAUAAAAUGUCUAUCAGCAUGGCUUUGACAGUUUAGCAUGUCUCAUCCUUAUUACAUCUCGUGUAUAUAUCUAUACAUGUAUAUAUAUAUACAUAUUAUAUACUUCGAUGCGUAUACACGUAUGUAAAUAUAACCAUUGUUAGUUGUGUCGUAUUCGUCUGAUUUGUGUAGCAAACGCCAUAACAUUGCCAUAUUCCGCGUGAACGCGAAACUCAACGUCUAAUAUCUAGAUUAUAAUUUCAUCGAUAUGUCACGUUUGCAUUCGUACACAUACACCGUUGUUGAAAUAUUUCCAAAUCAUUUUUCAUAUUGAAAGCUGCUUUAAUGUUUCUGCCAAAAUAUAGUUCUCGACUAGACUAAGAAAGUUGUAAUAUACGUAACUGAGAAUGUGCAUAUAUAUAUAUAUAUACAUACAUAUAUAUUCAUUAUUCCCUUAGGAAAAGUAAAGUUUCCAAAUCAAUUGGAAUGAAUGUCACACCGACGAAGGUUUAAUCCGAGAGUAAAUUAUCGCCCGCCUUAUUGCUCAUCAUCUCGAUCUUCCGAUCGUUUGGCCGGCCGUGGUGGCGAUAAUUCAGAUUGAAUCUUCGCCGAGUCGAAUUUCUUUCUUCGACGCACGACCGAAUUGUAUCUCACGAGCGCACCGUCAUUCCGCUUGCAUGAUCCUUUCCGCUCCUCGAGGAAGCAUAUCGAUUCUUCUUACCUCGGACAAGCAUCACAUUUCCCAACACACCCGUGUCGCUUCAUCUGGACGGCAGGCACCAAAACACGUCGUUCUUGUGUUUUCUAGCCGGCGGCUUGGCUUUAGGCUGCAAUUUUUGCUUUGCCCGCUUCUAAUGACAUUAUUUCUUUGGCCGCGUUACUGGUGGAAGAGGCACAUAC